CACUGUAUGCCGAUGGUUUGCAAUUUUUAUUGCUACUUGUACAAUACCAACUUUGAUUUAGGGCAAAACAACUGUACACAGUGGGUUUAUUAUUGCACAAGUUUGAUAAUAACAUCGUUGGCAUGGACUGGCGGAGAAUACUGAAAAGUUUGACGUUUGUGGAAAUGUGAGGUUUCACGCAUGGGUGCCCAAAGCAUGUUAUCUGGAGGAUAAGUUGCAAAUGCUGAAGUUGUGUCGGGUAUUACUGCGAGCUCCUCAUGUGUCACUUAGCUGGAGGAAGACUUGAGAGUAUAUCAUUCGAUCGCUGAUGGCAAUAUUUAGGGCCAGGACGCGAUCAGAACUCGAUGAGAAUCCAUUCGUAUGUUGUUCAACCGAGAACUCGUGGGAUAUAUUACCAUGAUGUCUUCUACAUGGGAGCCAAAUGCGACAACGCCUUCAGAACCGAUUCAGGAAGAACAUAUUUGUAAGCUAGUACUGUACUACGAAAUCGCAAACUCAAGAGUACGAAUUUGGGAUGUCAUCAUCUUGAUGCCAAAUUUUAUUUUCCUUGUGUUCCUGACAUUCCGUUUCAAUAGAGCUCGUCUGAAACUUCGGGCAACAAGCAGUCCAAUUUUUCUUGCGUUUUAUGGACUGGUUUUGGUAAAUGUGGUCAUCAGUUUAAUUCGUUGUGUGGUUUCCAUGACAGUAAAUGCCUCCGUCUCUGUUGGUGAUUACACAGAUAAAGUUCUGUGGAUAAUUGUGAGAUUCUUCCUGUUAGCAAUGGAACUGAGUGUUGUUAUUUUUGGCCUUGCAUUUGGUCAUCUGGACAGCCGUAGCAGCAUACGCCAUGUGUUGCUAGCGACGUCCUUCAUAUCAUUAGGAUUCACAAUUACCCAAGGAGUGCUAGAGAUUGUUUCACCAGAUGAGAGCUUCCACAUCCUGUCGAAAGAUUAUAAUUUAUUUGGACAUGGAGGAAUGCUUUUCUGGUUUACCAGUUCGGUUGUAUUUACAUUGGUUUAUCUUGUCAUCUUAAUCUUACCAUGGACAAGACUAAGAGAACGUCUUGCCUUGCCAACUAAACGUUCCUUCUACCUCUACAUUUUCUUCCUCGUUGUACUGAAUUUGACACAAUCAAUUGGAAGUGGGCUUCUGAAUUAUGGUAUUGUUGAUGGUCUCUGUGUGGUUGAUGUCACGACAUGCAUCUACUUCACCCUGUUAACACCACUUGUAUAUCACACAUUUCUGAGUGAGUUUUUCAGCAUCUCUCAGCCAAGUAUAAUGUUCUCAUACAAAGCGCAAGUUGAUGACAACAUGGAAGAUGAUACAGUUUCGCUUCCUCAUCAGCAAUCUUUCUCAUCGUUGAAGACUGACUCAGAUUAUAUAUACCAGGUUAUUCUUCAUCAGACUGAUGAUAAUGUGUGCCGAACUGAAAUUUUGCAUCCAAGCUCAGGAAUUGUUUGCUCGUUUACCAAACACUACAUUCCUACUGCAACAGCUGGUGAUCUCACUGUUUCUAAGGAGGCAGCUGUCAGUGAUUGAACUGCUAAUUAAUGUGUGAUGUGAUGUGAAAACUCUUUACUAUAAUGAUUGAAAUGGAUUUUGCUCCUGAGGUUUAAACACCAUCUACUGUUGUACAGUGUACUGAAGUUCAGUAGCUACUGUGUUUUGCAGUUUGACUCAUAUUGUUUAAAGUUUUUUGUACUGUCAUUUAUAAAUAAUUUCUAGAUCUAGAAAUUGAAUACAUAAUUGACAGUUAGUCAGAUGUGAUAGCCUAGUCAGAAAAAACUAAAGUGUAGUUGAAAAGGGUAUUUCAUUUAUUAUGCUAAACUUAUAGGAGAGCUAUCACUUGCAUGUAAAUGCAGGAGAAUAUUUUCUCUUUGUUGUUAUUUAUUUUAAAACAUGUAUUGAAUUUCCAUUUUAACACACCACUACUGUGAUUUAUAAAUGUGUUAUAAAAAAGGCUGAUCAGCAGUAGUGGAACUAUUGCUCAGACAGACUCAUUAUAAACAGAAGAUUGUGAACUGCCAACCAAAUUAUAGCAUAUGUGCACGAGAUGAAAAAGGAACAAAGGUGUUUUGUAAAAGAGGCAAUGUAAAAUAACAAAUGAAACCCAAAUAUCCAAUUAGAAACCAAAAGGUAUGUGGAAUGAAACCCAGAUUGGAACAAAUGUAACCUGUGUGCACUGUUUUUGGUAGUUAAUUGCUUCUUGACUUAAUGCUCAAAUAUGUGUCACCCUUUCCUGUUUGUGUUCUCACCCAAUCUGGCCAUACUUCUUUCCUAUUGGUCAGCUCCUGAAAGAGGUGUUUCAAAAUUCUUGAUAGUUUCGUUGAGCUAUAUAAAAGUUCCACUAUUACUGAUUUUUCCUUUAGGUGUCACCUAACUUUACAUUUGUAGUGUUCAGUUUUGAUACUAUGCUUUAGAUUGUGUGGUGUUUAGGAUGAAAGAUUUCUUUAGGCCAUUCUCUCUAAAUGAAAAAAUUACUUUAGUGCUACGCUGAAGACUUGAUUCCUUCUAGAAUCUUCUUUGUGUUUUUUGAACUUCUCAAGUAGCAUUGUAUUCUGCAUUAAUUUUGUUUCACAAGUUUAUUUGGCUGUGGAUUCUCACAAUUAAGAAUGUAUGUUUACAUAUCAGAAAGGAACAUGUAACUUUAGCAGUCUGUUGUUUUUAAAACUGUGCAUCAAAGUAGAUACAUAAUUUUUUGAAACAUUUACUGUAGUAGUACUGUGUUGAAUGGUAGAAACCAGACCCCAUGUAUUUGGUUUACUUGUUUGCUUAGUUUUCCAUGUAUCUCGGUGAGGUUACACCAUGUGUGUUCUUGAGUCCAGUGAUUUUCAAAGUUGGUUUCUGUUACAGUAAACAGCUUCUUACUACUUGAAGUAAUUUUGUGAAGUUUGCUUAUAAUGAUAGUGUUAGAACCAAAUGUAGAAAUUGUUUGUUUUCUUUGUCCUUGAUCAAUAACCUAAGAAAACACAAGAUGUGUGAACCUCCAGAGAUGUGAGAAAUUUGAAUCUUUCGUUUUAAAUAUUUCUUAAAUACAGCACCUAAAGAAAAGUAUGCCUCUUCCUGUAUCCACGUACCAUCUGCUACUUACAUUAGUGUGUCCUAGUGACCGUCUCUCCUUUUCCUAUGUAGUGUUUAUUUACAAUGUUCCCAUUUUGUUUUUUGUUUGUGAUAUUAAUGUGCAAU